UGCACAACUUGGCUUCCAAUUUACAAAUAUAUUUCUUCCUCUGAAAUUAGACCAAUCGCAAGCCCAAGCCGUGGUGUUCCUCAACCUCCUCUCUCCAUUUUCAAGCUUUACAAUUUUAAAUUCCUAACAUCUUUUCAAAUAGCCUUUGAACUGAGAAAAAAGAAAAGUAAUAAACAAAUAAAUAAAAAUAAAUAAUUUAGUUUGGUGAGACUUUGCUGCAAUCCAGCAGGUUGGGUAGAAAGGGAUGAUGAGUGUAGCAGCACCUUGUACAAUCUACCUAAUUUCACGCUUAAAUGUCCAUAAAACCCUUACAUCUUCUCUAAUCUUUCAAUUGUGUCACUCUCGUUUCUCUCUCGUUCCUCCUCCUAGACCUCUCUCCAUCAUGGCCUCUGCAACUCAGUCUUCUUCUUCUCAGGCUGUGUCUCCUGGGGAUACUGACAAGGAAACCAAUGUGUUUCAGUUAAUUCAAGCUCACCAGGAGAAGGCUGCUAGGCUUCCUCCGGUCGAAGAAAUUCGUACCUUGCUUGAUCAAAGCACUCGAGGCAUGCUUUCAACUUUUUCGCAGAAGCAUGAGGGCUAUCCAUCAGGGUCAGCAGUUGACUUUGCAUGCGAUGCCAAUGGAUCUCCAAUAUUAGCAGUCAGCAGCAUGGCAGUUCAUACAAAGGACCUAUUGGCUAAUCCCAAAUGUUCACUGCUUGUCGUUAGAGAUCCUGAGGAUAGGACAGAUUUAGUAAUUACCCUGCAUGGUGAUGCUAUUGCUGUUUCUGAAAAAGAUCAAGCUGCCGUUCGAACUGCUUAUUUGGCUAAACACCCCAAUGCAUUCUGGAUAGAGAACUCAGCAUACACUUCCAUUAUGAAGGUUGACUUUGGUGACUUCCAAUUUAUGCACAUUGAACCAAAGGUUGUGAGAUAUGUAUCAGGUGUUGCAACAGCUUUGCUAGGAUCAGGAGAGUUCAGCAAAGAGGAGUACCAGGAUUCAAAAGUUGAUCCAAUAGCUCAAUUCUCUAAGCCUGUUGCGUCUCACAUGAACAAGGAUCAUGCUGAAGACACUAAAGUCAUUGUGCAAUUCGCAACAUCGAUUCCGGUUGACUACGCUUACAUGCUGGAUUUGGAUAGUCUUGGAUUCAAUGUCAAGGCUGGUUAUCAAGGAAAUACUUUCAAGCUGCGAAUUCCUUUUCCUAGACGUGCAGAAAGUAGAAAGGAUGUGAAAACCCUAAUAGUUGAAAUGCUCCAAGCUGCCCAGACUCAAGUCAACUGACUUUGCUGCUAGAAGGGACCUAAGAGGAUAUUGUGUUACAUUUGCAUCUAACUUCUUUGGAAGAUGAACCAACUUAGAAUUCCAAAAGACAUAGCAAUAAAGAUACGAUUACCAAGGACAACCAGCUGGAAUAAUUGGCUUUUUGCUUCUUAUACCUCGGAAACUUUCAUUUCAAGUUGUUACAAUUAGAGAUAAUUAGAGACAAUGAUAACGUUUGAAAGUUGAAAUUAUGAGAUGUGAAACUGGUUAAUGAUUCCUCUGUAUAUACUUUGCCAUGAUAUAAUACUUUCUUCUUUCCCUUA